AGAGCGAGAGCGCAGGGCUGCUGCUGGUGUAGUGGGAGAAAGACGGGGAAUUACACUUAGCAGAAAAGACACGCAGAGGGGAGGACACACCAGGUGGACACCCCAGUCCUCGACCAUCUCUCCCCUCCAGUCCUGCUGUCCGUGUCGUGUCCGUGAGACGGUCACCGCACGUCAGACUCGGAGGGAACACACACCGCCGUCCACCCUCUGAGUCCAUGGGGUAACAACAGACUAUUGAAGGAGAGGCUUUUGUUCAGCUACCCAGAUGAACAACAGGAAGGAGGACAUGGAGAUCUCUUCUCACUACCGUCAGCUCCUCCGAGAGCUCAACGAGCAGAGGCAACACGGUAUCCUGUGUGACGCCUGUGUCAUUGUGGAUGGAAAGAUCUUCAAGGCUCACAAGAACGUUCUUCUGGGCUCCUCGCGCUACUUCAAGACUCUAUACUGCCAGGUUAAAAAAGGGGCGGAGCCACACCACCAGACUACAGUCACUCACCUGGACAUUGUGACUGCGACAGGUUUCAAAGCCAUCCUGGACUUCAUGUACUCCGCUCACCUCGCUCUCACCAGUAAGAACGUGAUUGAAGUCAUGUCUGCCGCCAGCUACCUACAAAUGACAGAUAUUGUCCAGGCGUGCCACAGCUUUAUUAAGGCCGCCCUGGACAUCAGCAUCCGCUCUGAGAUGGCAGACGAACUAUCAGACUUUGAAAUGGGAGCUGUCACCGCAGCCGGCAUAGGAGGUGGCGGUGGGGGAGGCGUAGGAGGUGUUGGUAUCACAGGAGCAGGAGGAGUAGCCGGAACAGGCUUAGGAGGAGGUGGGAUAGUGGGCAUGGCCUCCGAAGCUCUCGCCUCCAUCAUGUCUGGUCGCAGCACCUCCCCCUGGCUGGCGCGACGCACCAGCCCUGCCAACUCCUCCGGGGACUCGGCCAUCGCCAGCUGCCACGAGGGAGGCAGCACGUAUGGCAAGGAGGACCAAGAACCCCCCAAGAGCCACGAGAGCCAAGAGGAAGCUUGCCAUGACUCCCAGCCUGCUUGGCCACACGACUACAGGCCUGUCAGCGUUAAAGAGGAACAGGUGUCCCCUGCUUCUUCCUUGCAUCCCCGGGACACCCCCAGGGGUGCCGCUCAUAGCCAAAGGGAUCAGGUGGCAGGGGGCACGAGCGCAGGUGGAGACGGACCCUGGCAACCCUUGACAGGGUCAGGGCGGAGGAAGAACAGGAAGAACAAGGACACAGUCAGACAUAUAACCCAGCAGGCCGAGAGGAACUGGGACAGGGACAGUAGGCCUGGAUCCCCUCUGCCGUCCAUGCUGGCUGUGGCUGGCUGGAACUACAAUGGACAGGAUAUUCCAAGCGCAGACGUGACCGAGGCCAACAGCUCCGACAGCCGCAGCGAACGCCUUGACUUUUUCCUCAAACAGGAAGAGGCUCUUGCGGCAGAGCCGGGCUUCCUGGGUCCCAACGAAUCAGAAGAGGCGAGCAGAGGAGGAGGAGGCGGCGGUACGAUCUCAUCGGUGGCCAACCUGAAGGCGGCACUGAUGAGUAAGAACAGCCUGCUGUCACUGCGGGCUGAGAUGAUGGGAGAUGAUAACCCCUUGCUCUUUGAGUAUCUGCCCAAAGGAGGACACUCCUUGUCUUUGAAUGACUUCACGGUGAUCCGCAAAAAGUUCAAGUGCCCCUACUGCAGUUUCUCUGCCAUGCACCAGUGCAUCCUGAAGAGGCACAUGCGCUCCCACACCGGCGAGAGGCCGUACCCGUGUGAGAUCUGUGGCAAGAAGUUCACCAGGAGGGAGCACAUGAAGAGGCACACGCUGGUGCACAGCAAGGACAAGAAGUACGUGUGCAAAGUGUGCAGCCGCGUCUUCAUGUCGGCCGCCAGCGUGGGGAUCAAACACGGCUCCCGCCGCCACGGCGUCUGUGCCGACUGCUCCGGUCGAGGCAUGGCGGCGCUGCUGGAUCACAGCGGCGAGGCGGGAGGAGACAUCUCUCCCGAGGAAGAGCUGUACCAGGUCGAUCGCUUCCACGACGACCAGGCGGAGUGCGACGGCGACGGCGAAGAGGAGAUGAUGGCGGAAGGCGACGGAGAGCUGGUGGGCGAGGGGGAGGAGGAGGCGGCGGCCAAGUGGAAGGACUCCGGGAUGGCGGGCCAGACUCGCCGAGCGCUGGACACUGAGAAGGAGGAGAGCGACUCCUCGGCGCAGGACGGCGAGCACCAGAACGGCAGCGAGAAAGACUUUGCUUGGAUCUCCUAGAAGUCACGGAGUCUUCUUUGGGAUCACAACCGAGUCCGCAGACCUUCUGGGAUCUUGCAGGUCUCCUUUCACCUCUCGCUGGCCGGAUGGGGGGGCAGUUUAUGAAUAGUUAGUACACACACACACACACACACACACACACACACGGUGACAAGAUGGCGGAGGGAAAAGCUUCUUUCUGCUUCUCGCCUCCUGAAGUCGUCUUCAUGUUGUUGUCGUGAAAGCUCUCGACUCAACGUUGUGUGUUCGCCGUCACAAUCGCCAUGGUAACGGUGGGCCCUCCGACGUGAGAGGAGACGUGAAUGGAUCGCAAAGCCCCACGGGAGGAGACGAGUCCCACUGCCACAGACUUGCACUUUAACCUCCAAGCUCCUCUCGGACCCUGGCUUCACCUUUGACCUCCAUCUUGGCGAGCGCCGCCACCUUCUUCACGGUCCUGCCGACUGUGAGCACCCAGUCUGGACCCCCGGGUCCCCCUCUGACAGGUGCGCACCAGGCGGGACAACCUCUGUGCUGCCUUUGUCGCCUUUUCUUCUCUGUUCUUCUCGGCCACGCCAGAUUGUUGAAGGUUCCCACGGCCAUUUUGCUUGCUUUGGUAUUUAUUGAAGGAGCGUGCACUCUGCAGGUGGCCCCUCGCCCUGGAGUGUGGGAGUGGGACGUAUGCAAGGAUGCGUCUUAUUCUGAUUAGCCCAACUAUGAUUACUGUUGUUGUUGUUGUUAUUAUUCUUCUUCUUAAGUGCUGGAUGCUAAGCUUUAUUGUCUUCAUUUUCUAUCUUGUACAGUGGACAAAAACAGCUUUUAUACGUUGCCUUGUUGUGGAUAGCAAGCCAUGGAGGCUUUGGUCGACCUUCUUAUCGUCGACGCUUUGUUCCGUCACACUUGAUUCUUCUCUCUCGCAGGGGAGGAAACGUGUCCACCGUAAAGAUGGUGACAUUUAUUCUGCACACGCUUUUGCAUCACGAUAUCGAACCAAAAACAAGUGCUUUUUGUUCCACGGUGUGUGUGUGUGUGUGUGUGUGUGUGCAGGUGCUUUUUUUAAUAUAUUGUUGUGUUUGGUUUGUGUCAUGCUUUGGUCAAAGUGUUAUUAUUGUGAAUAUGAAGGGCUGCAUGCGUCUUGGUCAUGACACACAAUCAAGGAGGGAAAUGCAAAUAGAAACGGUGCAUCUUUUCUACCUAGCAACUCUUUAUGGCUCAUUUGCAUAAAGGGAAGGCACACAAGGCCAUGACUGCACUUCACUUAUUUAUUCUUUCCUUUAUCUGACAGCUGUGAAGAAGAUGGAAGGGGCGGCUCUCGAUGAAUGUUUAUUGUGGGUGUGGAAGCCCACAUAGCAGUGCUAUGUGUGUGUGUGUGUGUGUUACUUUCCGGCCUUGCACUCCUCUCAUAACCUCGACCUCGUCUUCUUCCUCAUACUGGGUUGUACUUCAGGAAACCGUCUGCCAUCAAUCCUCAAAUAUGUGCCUCAAUGACCUUUAACCUGCGUGAUUGUGCUUGAGAGACGUUGGCUGAUUGUUAUUGUUAUUGUUAUUAUUAUUAUUAUGAUUAUUACCUUAAUAGGCCUUGAGUCAAAUCACAAGAAACAUUUGAGACAAAUCAAAAAUGGCGACUUUUGAGUUUGCUUCCCGCCGCGUUGUUGUUUUUGUUUCUUUGCAUGUUUGUGUUGAUUUUGUGGAACCAAAGCAACGCCCUCACACACCUGUCUCAUUUCACUCCGUGCAAAACUGGAAGGGUUGAUUUCUUGGUCAUGUUGGCUGCAUGGACACGUGCUCAUCCUUCAAGAAGCCAUAGUCGAUGCUAUGCUAGAUUUCAAGUUGGCGCUUUUUACUUUAGAGUGUGUUCUUCUACUAAGACUGAUGUGUGUAUACCUUCAUAUAUAUAAAUAUCAAUUUAUAUGACUAUUAUUAUUUAUUUUCUCUCAACUUUAAGAGGGUCUUUGAUUUGUACAAAGUCGCACUUGAAGCCUGAGCUUUGUUUCUUUUCACUGGGAAUAUUGUUCAAACUGACUUUAUAUUAAUGAUCAAUAACUUGUGUUUGUAACAAAAUGUGCUUAAUCCACAAAAAGGACGACUGUGCUGCUUUUUUUUUUGUUUGGUUCUGUUGGAGGCAGAGGAAGUGCUAUUGUGCAAAUAUUUCUUUGGUGGAUAAUUCUGGUCACAAAACAUUUUUACAAACUUUUUGAGCCUCCAGUUGUGAUGUUGGCCCAGCAAAUCUCUUUCUAACGUCAUGUUUAGUGCAAGAAUUUGCUUAUUAUUAUUUGCAAAAACCAAUCAGUCUCAAUAAAUUUUUAAAUUGCUGCUGUAAAGAAGUCACUAAUGUGUGUUCUCUUUUUUUUUUUUUUUUAAUUAAAGGACCCAUAGCGUCCAGAUGACCAACAUUUCACGAACUACUUCUCUUUAUGUAUUUUUUACUCCAGAAAAUGAAUCUGGCAGUCAUUUCCCAUAAUAUUAAUUUGUUUCUGAGCAAUUGGUAGGUAACUAAUUGUGCUUGGAACGCCCCUUUUUCUAUUGCCAGACCCUAUAUGCCGCCCCUCUUGGUGUGACAUCAUCUACAGAACUGCAUCCAAUUUCCCCGCAUAGACAGUGUGGAUAAAGGCAUGUAAAAGUAUUAUUUUGAUCACUUUUGUCGCCCUGAUUACUUUAAAACAGACAUUACGAGUAAAAAAAAUAAAUAUAAAAGUAACUUUCCAGGACUUCCCUUCUUUUUCCAUCUCCUCUUUGAUACACAAAAUAAUACUUGUAUUUCUUUGUGCGAUUUCAACAUAUCCACAUCAUCGUGAAGAAAACAUCAGUAGAAGAGGACACAAAAUAAAAUACUAGCGGCUUACCUUCUUUUUGUCUCGUUUUUUAGCUGCUUUUAUUUCUCUGUUGUUGUUUUUUGCAGGAUCUGACUCAGUCU